AUGAACAAGAUGAAGAGCGAAGAGAGAAGGAGCUCCAACGACUCAAGUGUGAAGAGCAAAAGUGGCGGCAAGCCGACCGCCCUCAGUUUAGAGAGGAAGAAAAGUGCCGGCGGGGAGGACCGUGCCCCCGAUAAGGACAACAAGAGUGGCGGCGGAAGUGGCGGUGGAAGCGGCGGAGGAAGCGGGGGAAGUAGUUGGAAUAACCCCAGCGAGGCGAAUCACAGCCGAGCGGAGAGCGCCUCCAAGAAGAAGAGCGAAAAAAGCGCCGAGCAGGGCGGAAAAACAAACGCCAGCCACGGCAGCGAAAAGAGCCAUGACCAGGGCAAAAGUAAAAGCGCCUCGUCCUCCAACAGCAGAUCCAAAGUUGACAGCUCGAAAACGAACGAGAAGAAGGAAGGCCUCAAAAAUGUCAAAAGUUUUAAAAGCAGCACGAGCGAGUCGCUGAAGCAUAAGGGAUCCAACUCGAGGGAGAGCGUAAAGUCGAAUAAGAGCAAAAGUGAAAAGGGAGGAGGUGCCAGCGGUGGGGGUGGAAGCGGUGGGGGUGGAAGCGGUGGGGGUGGAAGCGGUGGAGGUGGAAGCGGUGGAGCCACGGAAGACGGCAAGAAGGAUAAGUCCCCCCACCCCAGCGAGGACAAAAAGAAGAAGCCCCUCCCUAACGAUAAGCACGACGUUAAAGUAAGCAACAAAUUAAUUUCGAAGAAUAGCAAGCCCAAAAAUGUUAGCAGUAGCAGUAACGGUGGCCCUUCCACCAGCCACAGUAGCGGCAGCGCCAACAAAGGUGGGGAUGAGAAGAGCAAAACGAGCGUUCCUCCAUCCGCCCAGAAGGAAGGCAUAAAAGGCCAGGCCCCCGCCGGCAGUAACAGUAGCAGCAAGGGGGGUUCCUCUAAGAAUGACUCCUCGAAAAGCGGCUCAGCGAAGAAUGACGCAUCGAAGAGCGGCUCAACGAAGAAUGACUCCUCGAAAAGCGGCUCAUCAAAGAAUGACUCUUCCAAGGGGGGCUCCUCCAAAAGUGACCCCUCCAAGAGUGACCCCUCCAAGAGCGGCUCAACGAAGAAUGACGCUUCGAAGAGCGCCCCGCCAAAGAGCCUCCCAUCCAAAAGCGCCUCCUCGAAAAACACGCCUUCGAAAAGCACCCCGGCGAAAAGCACCCCGGCGAAGAGCACUCCGUCGAAAAGUGAGCCAUCGAAAAGUGAGUCAUCGAAGGGUGAGCAAUCGAAGGGUGAGUCAUCGAAGGGUGGCUCCUCUAAAAGUGGCUCGUCCAAAAAUGAGGCCCCCAAAGGUGGCGCUUCGAAGAAUUCCCUUUCGAGAAAUGACUCCAUCAGAAGCAGCUCGUCAAAGAAUGUCGCAUCUAAGAGUGACGCGCUUAGAAGUAGCUCCACGAAAAGUCUUUCCAAAAACGGUAACCUGGAAACUGUUAGCGGCGAGAAUGUUAAGAAGGAGAAGAAGGCUCCGGCGGUAUCGGCUGCUUCAGCUGCUUCUGCCGCGUCGGCUGCAUCGUUGGCGUCAAGCAGCAGCAAAGUAGGCAAGAAGAGCAGCGAAGACGUGGGCGAGCUGAUGAGUACCCACACGGCCAGUUCGAAGGAGGAGGGCUCCAGGGCCAGUAGAGGCGUCUCCGACGGGAAGAAAAAGGUGAAGGCGGAAAGGUCCGAAAAAACAGAGAAGGAAAAGGGCAACAAAAACGUCAGCGAAAAGGACGCGGUGAAGAAUAGCCUCUCCAAGAGCAGCAAGUCGGGGGGAGCUGAAACGGUUAGCAAGAAGGAUGUCUCGAAGAAGGACGUCCCGAAGAAGGAUGCCCCGAAGAAGGAAGUCUCGAAGGAUGUCUCUAAGGAUGCCCCGAAGGACGUAUCGAAGAAGGGUUCCUCGGAUCAGAAGAAAAAGAAGAGCAGCAGUAAGAGCAGCUCGAAGAAGGAUCGUCGGGGAGACUCCAAAUUGAGCAAGAGCAAGAGCAGCAGCAAGAGCAGCGGUAAAAGCAGCGGUAAGGAUAAAGGCAAAAGCGCAAAGUAUAAUGAAGAGGAGGAGGACACCGAGGAGGGGGAGAGCGAAGUGGAUGACGCGGAGAAUGAUGAGGAGGGAGAGAGCGAAGUGGAAGAAACGGAGAAUGACGAGGAGGGGGAAGAGGAGGAAGGUGUAGAAGCGGGGCAGGGAGAAGAAGCCGGGGAUGACAAAGAGGAAGAGGAAGAAGAGGAAGAAGAUGACGAGGAUGAAGAUGACGACGAUGAAGACGACGACGAUGACGACGAUGAGUACCGAGAAAAUGACUCGAAGAGACGGUCGUCUUCGUCGUCCAAGCAGGCCGCCAAGAAGGACGGCGCGGCGAAGAAGAAGAAAAAGAGAAGCUCCUUCAGCCUCAAGAAGAAGAAGCGGUACCCCAAGGGGGGCCAGCAGGAUGUCGGCAAAAGUGGCGACAAAAGUGGCGACAAAACGGUCAGCAAGAGCAUCAGCAAAAGCAGCAGCAAAAGUAGCAGCAAGAGCAGCAGCAAGAGCAGCGGCAAGAGCGGCGGAAAGAGCAAGAAGGCCGUGAAGAAGGAAAAGAAAAAGAAGAAGAGCAGCAAGGAGAAGGAGAAGGGCAAGAACAACGUGAAAGGCGAAAACGCGUCGGAGAAAGAUUCGGAAGAGAACUACUUCGACGACGACGAGUUUGCGCUGAAGGCCAGGAGAAGCGUGCUGGAGGAGAGGGAGAGGAAAAGGCAGAUGAAGGAAAGUUACAUUAAGCAGAUGAAGCUACCCACCUAUGCAGACGAUGAGUCCAUCCUCUUUAUUAAUAACCCCAACUACGUGAUGGUGUUACUCUUCCUAACUGUUUAUAAAGAUGUCCUCAAAAUGUGUUGGAACUUCAAAGACAUUGAUGAGAUGUUCCAGAAAAAAGAAACCACCGAGUUUGGCAGGAAUUUCAUUCUUAAAUUAUUUUUCUUUCUAGGGAGGUACUUUAACUCUAAAUCUAUUUUUAUGUAUAAAUACAUUUCGCGUAUUUUUGAGGACAAGCAGGCUUCCCUGGCGAGGGUGGUGAAUUUCCAUGAGCUUUUCCCCGUGCUCGAGGGGAGAAGGGAGAAGAAGAGCAAGUCGGGGGGGGGCGGCGGUGUCAGCGGAGUCAGCGGAGUCAGCGGCACAUCUGGUGGGGGGAGCAGCUCCAAGAAAAAAAAGGAUAAAAAGAAGGACAGGAAGGACAAGAGUAAGAAGAAGAAGGUCAAGGCGGAGGGGGACGUCAAGGUGGACGAGCUGUUUGACGAGGAGACCAUCGAGCACGACGACGUGCAUGAUGAUUUGCAUGAUGAUCCGAAUGAUGAUCCGAAUGAUGAUCCGCAUGAUGACCCGAAUGGGGACUUGAAGGAGGAGGAAGAAGAGGACGAGUUCGACGAGGAGGAAGACGAAAAUGAGAGCGAUAACGAAGUGGGCGAAGCGGAGGAGGCGGACGAGGCGAUCGACGCGGAGGACCCCUUCGAGGGACGCGAACGUGACUCCCCUUCGAAUGAAGCGAAUGGCGCGCCAAAGAAGUUGAGCAGCCAGGGCAAAGCGGAGCAGUCAUCAUCAGAUAAGCUGGCCACCCAGGAGGAGGAGUCCCACGCGGAUAGGAACCUCCAAACGGGGGACCCCCAAGGAAAGGACGGAUCCUCGUUGGGCGUCGCGGACGGUGAAAGUAAAGCAAGCAGAGCGAACGAGGGGGAGGCACUCCCGGCGGAGAAGACGCACACCCAGGAAGGGGAAGAAGCGGUGGAAGGGGCGGAGGCGGCGGAAGCGACAUCCAUCGGAAGGAGCGGCCACCUCGAUGGGCUGGUGCCGCAGCAGGGAGUUACCACCACCACGACUGCUGCGACGACUGCUGCUGCUGCCGCUACGGCUGCGAAUGCGACGUCUCCGAAUAGCGGAAAGCCCCUCGGGGGGGCGGACGGCCAGCCCACCGAAGGAGUGAAGAACGAAGAGCUGGGAGACAACAAAGGGUUAAGCAAAAAGCUGUUUCUCGAGUGGGACGACCUGAGCGUGAUCUCCAAAUUGAGGAUCAUCAGAAUGCUUCUGAACUUAGUGCUAUGCGAAAGUAACAACUUAAAAAAAAUGUUAACAACGGAAAAAAUAAAUUACAAUAAUGGGUACCUGGGGAAAAUUAAAAAUGAGAAAUACUGGUUGAUUCUGAAUGACACCAUUAACAUAGAGUUUAAGCUUUACGUGGAAAAGGAGGAGAAGGGGAGCUUCGAGUUCCUGUGUGAUGAUGAUGAUGUCCUGUAUAGCAUAGGCUACAACAUGUUGAAGGAUACGGAGACCAAGGUGAUGGGGGAGACCAUCAUCGAGAGGUAUAAUAAGAUCUGCAGGGAGAGGAGAAACAGAAGCAGAAUUUUAAAGCAACAGAAGAAGCUCUGCUCCGAUUUUAACCUGAAUGGUGAUUCGCUGCUAAUCUCCAAGAAGAGGCAGCAUAAGCAGGUGGAGCACUUUAAUUUUGACAGUGAUAAGAUGAGAAAGAAAAAGAAUGAGGGUGGUAGCAUCUACGGAGGGGGGGCAGCCUCAGGAGGGGGUAGCUACUCCUCUGGGGUGAAUGCCAACAAUCCGUAUGCUCUACAAAAAAAUAAUUACCAGAAGAAUGAUAGAUCGUUUAGGUUAGCUGCGAGGAAUGCUCAGAAGGGUAACGGGCUGGUGGGCGAGUUGGAUGGGCUGGAAAAUCAGGAGUACUUGCGAAGUGGAAGCGCCGUUGUUGGUGUGGAUGGCCUUAUUAGCAAGGGGGGGGCGACGGAUGCGGCUCUGCUUGGCAGCGUUGGAGGGGCGUCCGUAGCAGGAGUGGUGCUAGCAGCGGGAGGGGCGCUGGCAGCAGGAGGGGCGCUGGCAGCAGGAGGGGCGCUAGCGGCAGGAGGGGCCGCUGAUGGGUCCCUUGGCGCGCUGGGCGCCGGGGGCGUCGUGGUGAAGGUCCCCCAGAAGAGGGGCCGGAAGAAAAAGUCGGAGAAAAAAAAAAGAGGGCGCAAGAAGAAGAUUCUCACCGAGGGGGGGGGAGCCACAGCAGUCGGAGGAGUAGCCGUCGGAGGAGUACCCGCGGGAGUAGCCGGGUUGGUGCCCGACCCGAACAACCCACUGGGAGCGGUAGGCCAGGUGAAGGACGCGAAGAAAGCCGCGGCUUCCUCCACCAGGGUAAAAAAAAGCCCCUACUCCAAGAGGACCCCCAAGCCAGCAGUGUCGAUCAAGUACGGUACGAGGAGUCACUCCACCAGUAAGUACAAAAAUGAGGCGAUUCAGUUUGGAGACUUUGCCCUAAACCAUGGGGUAAACCCAGAACCACUGUAUAAGAAUGGAAAUUUGGAGGCGAAAUAUUUUAACCCUAGUAUGCAUGUAAAUAAUUUUAUAAGCCCCAAUAUGAGCAGCGCCUAUGGCAUGCAGAGCAACCUGCUUAACAUGAGGGGGGGCAAGAUGGGCGGCUCCCCCGGGAGCUACAACUUCCCCUACAUGUAUAACCCCCAGCUGUACGGCCAGUACUACAUGUACAAUGGGAACAUGUAUAUGAUGGGCGGCGCUGCGGGGGGCUCGGCGGCAAACGGGGCGACGAUAAGCAGCGCAGGCACGUUGAACAGCAGCAGCAUGGGCCCCGGCGGCAGUGGCGGAAGCAAGGGAGCUCUGAGUGGCAACGACCCGGAGGGAGAAGGACCCAGUGAGGUGAGUGGAAGCGGGGUGGCCGCUUCGUCGAGCAGCCAGAUGAGCGGCCCGAUGAGCAUGCUGAACUCGGUGAGCGGCGGGAUUAGCGGCGGGAUUAGCGGCGGGAUUAGCGGCGGGAUUAGCGGCGGGAUUAGCGGCGGGAUGAACAGCGGGGUGAACAGCGCGAUGAACAGCGGGGUGAACAGCGCGAUGAACAGCGGGGUGAACUACAUAGAUCCCAUGGGCAAGUACCCCCCGUACGUGAUGAACACAGGCGCAAUAAGCAACCUGCCGUCCAGCCCCAUGUACAGCGCCCUCUACAGUUUGAAGUUCCCCUACAUGAAUAACGACGUGAUGAAUUACAAUUACAAUUUGAGCAACUUCCAGAAUGUGGGCUACGACAAAAUGGGCAAGGCGGGGGGAGGGGCAGCAGGGGCAGGAGCGGCACCAGGGGCAGGAGCGGCACCUGGAGUAUCCCCCGGGGCGGGGGCGGGCAUGUUCAAGAGGUACCCCAAUUUCAUGGGCGGAGCUUUCCCCCCCCCGUACAACAACAUGAGCAACCCAUAUGCUAACUACAACGCGUAUAACAUUGGCUACCAGAGGAAUGAACCCUACGGGUCGAUCCCCGCAGGGGGGGUGUCGCCAUCAGCAGCGGCAGCGGCGGCUUCCACGCCCGGAGCGGGGGCCACUGCCGGAACGGCCGCUUCCCCAGCUGCAGGUGCGAGCGGCUACCACAUGGCCAAUGUGAAGGGGCGAAGUGGAACCAAUGACAUGCAGAGCGGAGCGCCAACCCAGGAGAAGUCAGCAGCACAGUUGGUCCCGCCAGCCGCUCCAUCGGGCGAGACAAACCAGAAGGAAGAGACAAAUCGAAUUGAAAAUCUAGCGAACAACAUGAUGAUGCACCCAGGGAGUAGCGCAGGCAUAAAUCUUGGUAGCAGUCUUGGUAGCAGUCUUGGUAGCAGUCUUGGUAGCAGUGGAAAGAAUGCCAGUUCUAUGGCUAGCUUAGAAAAAAGUGUUGUUCAGAAUGACCUGAACGGUUCAGGCAAAUUGGCAGGAGGGGAGGUGUCCGCUUCAGGUUACGGCGCUGGCGAAAGGGACAUAUCAUCUUUGAGGGCGAUGCCGGAUGGUGGAGUCCGAUUGGAAAAUGCCAAUCUGAAUCACCCGCAGCCCCUUCACCCGAGUGGGGCUCCCUCGGAAGGAAGUUUAAAGCUGAACGGGAGUGGCCCAAGCGGGAGUGGCCCAGGCGGGAGUGGCCCAAGCGGGAGUGGCCCAAGCGGGAGUGGCCCAGGCGGGAGUGGCCAAAGCGGGAGUGGCCAAAGCGGGAGUGGCCAAAGCGGGAGUGGCCAAAGCGGGAGUGGCCAAAGCUGA